AUGAACCUGAACAUGACAAACAACAACAUCAGUUCAUCCAGCGCAACCUUUCACUGCAGAUACGCACCGCACAUAUCAUGGGAAGUCAGUGGUGGGUCAGCUUUUGACUUGAUUAUAGGCCUCGUCACGGUCAUGGCUUCACUCCCCACCAUUAUUUUGAACGGAUCUGUAAUCCUAGCAAUAAAGCAACGGAAAGAGCUGCAAAAAUCCUCAAACAUUCUGUUGUCAAGCCUGGCCGUUACGGAUCUUCUGGUUGGCGUUAUAGUUAUGCCAACAUCUGCCAUUAUUGAUUUCUUCACAUUACGUCAAGUUUCAUUUGAGUAUACCUGUAUGUUAUAUUCGGUGAAUCUUUUCUUUCUCCCUUUACUCUUCACGGCUACCCUGCAUCACUUGACUCUCGUUGCUUGGGAGAGGUACGUGGCGGUACAAAACUGGAUGAACUACAAACUUAUCAUCACAAAUGGCCGCCUCAAAAAAAUUGCCAUAGCUACUUGGCUCUCUGCGCUCUUCCCAUCUGUUGCGCACUUUACAACGAUAGUGGUAGCUGUGGAUCGUAAAAUUUUGAACGGCGUUUUAACCGGUUGGAUUAUCGUGGAAACUGUUUGUUUAUUACUUGUUGCAUUCUUUUAUCGAAAGGUUUACCUUGGAAUACGCAAUCGUAAACUAAACGACAUCUCUCAAAUCGACGUUCUAAUAAAAGCGAAACUGGAGUCUAAAGUUGCCAAGACAACUGGUUUGCUAACCGCUGCGAUAAUAUCUUCGUUUGUCCCAAUAUUUGUUACUGGUAUCUUAGGAAACGUUAUGCCAGUCUUUCGUACAAAUGCCGCCAUGCGGUUUUCUCAGAGAGUAAUGCAGUUCAUCUCUCUAUUUAAUCCACUGCUUUACUGUUAUAGAGACCACCGCUUUAGGAACGCUAUUCGUGAGCUGUUAGGGAUGAAAAAGCCUCAAGCAAUACAGUCAGCAGCUGGUGCCGCUGAAUUUGUUAGGGGAAAGGAUCCAUUCAGGUCGUCAGAGCUGAACAAAGUAGGAAAACGUACCCAACGCUUGAGAAGAUCAGUAACUUGCAAUCUAACUGAUGCUACAGAUUCUGAUCAUGGUACUCCCAGUGUGGCAAUGUUGAGAAAGUCAUUGUCUGCCCACACGCUUCAUACAUACAGCAGUUCCUCACAUCACUUGCAUCGGUCAGACCCGCAGGAACCUUCAGUCGUCGUGGAAACAAGUGCAGCGAUCCAUGCAAAGUGCAAGGUAAAGCGUAGAAACACAAUCCUGAAGGUAACAGAGAUGAAACCAAGCCUGAAAUAA